AUGGGUGCAGGGGAAAGAUUCAUGUUUUGCAACUGUUGUUGGUCGAAAGAUAGUAUAAAGUCGAAACAAAUACAAAGAUCAAGUGAGGAGGCUCAGUUUGGUUUUGCUGUUGCUGUAUGGUCUGGGGAAUCCUUGUUGAUUCCUGUCUGGCUGUACUUGUUGCAGCUAGGUGCUGACAAAGUGAGACUGCAUUUAGCAGAGAUGUUCAGUAAAGAUUUUGAAAAUUUGCAUGAUGAUGGUGUUGAGGGGUUACAAUAUGAGCACAGUAAUUUUACGGAAGUUUUUGUUGGAAAUGAUACUGGCAGCACAAGUAAAAGGUGGCUUGUUACUGGAGGUGUUAAUUUUGAGAGUAGCAAGAAUCCAGAGGCAUCACCGUGUUCUAACAGCGCAAACUCAGCUGUAAUAAGUCGGUCUUUCUCAAAAAAGUUAUGCCAGGAGGACACCAAUACAACAAAUGAGAGUUGUGGUUGGGUUUCUGCAUCAGGGAGCUUUCCUAAGAAAUUUGCUCUGGCAGAGAGAGAGGACCAGAAUGCGAGUUUCAGGCGAAUGAAGUUUUCCACUAGUGAAGUUUCCAGGGGUGAAGCACAAAAGAAGAAGGCUUUGAGCACACCUUUGCAGAAGAAGGAAAUAGUUAGCGGCUUGCCCUCGACACCUACAAAUUCUGUUGGUCAGCGAGUCGCACUCCAUUUGGUUGAAUCAUCUUCUGUAGAAAUGGACAGAGAUGCUGAAAUGGAAGAUAUAAAUGUUACCAAGUCCAGAUUACAAAAUUCAGACGCAGGUGAAAGGAAAGAAGUGGUAGUAGGUAAAGUUAUAGCUUCACCUGUCUCUCAGGAGAGCUUUGCAUCGAAGCUUGUUGUUUCAAAUCCAGCAACUGCUGAGGAGAAGUUUGAGUCUCCUUUUUGUGCUGAGGAAAGACGUAAUUUAUGUCAAUCGUUUGGAGAGGACAGUUCUGUUAUGUCUGGGGCAACACUGUCUAAGAAGGAUCCUCGUCCUCUUCUGCGGUGCCAUGUUUUUCGCGUACUAAAAGGAGCAGGCUGGUUUAUUGAGAGGCAUAAAAGGCCCAGUAGGAGUUAUUGGGAUACAGUUUAUAGAUCUCCUGAUGGGAGGCUAUUUUAUGAAUUCCCUAAAGUUUGGAGAUUUUGCGGUCAGGUUUUGUUGGCUAAUGGAUACUACUGCAUGCCGGAAAAUGAUGUAAAGAAAUGGACUGAUAUGAUCCAAUUCUGGUCAGAUCUAUUAGAGACAUUGUUGAAUAUCGAGAAAGAAGAUAACCAAACCAACCUUUCUACUGCAUUGGCUCGACAUUGGACACUAUUAGACCCCUUUGUAACUGUUGUACUUAUUAAUAGGAAGAUUGGUUCAUUAAGAAAGGGAGAUGAGGUUAAAGCAGGAAGAAGUUUAAUUAUUGAAAAUAACAAGAAAACAAAUACUGUUCUGACACAGAGAAAAAAAGGUUCUAUGAGAAAGUUCUGUUCUCAGGGAAAGAUGCCAACUCAGUAUUGUGAUUCUUCUCUGGCUGCUAAAAGUUCAUUGACAGCUGCCAAGAGCAGUUUUGAUUCCAUUGAUGAGCUCUCUGGCAAUGGAAGUUUGUCAAAAUUCUAUGGUAAAAUGAGUAGUGGGGCUGAAAAAGGUCUGAAAGAUGUAUCUAAUAUGGCUGACCAAGAAGGUACAUUUUUGGUAGAUACUACUAAAAGGUUAGAAACUUUUGGUUGCGAGGUCCAAGGUUUGCAUAUGGCUUCAUCCCAUGCUUGUGGAUCAGAUAGCAUCUAUGACCAGCUAGGUAGUUUUAAAUGUACUGAUCGUGUUGCUUCUAGCGAUGUUAUCAACAUGCUUCAGGGUUUUGAAUCUGCUUCUCCUCACCAAGAUAGCAACACAAUUUCUCCAAGCUCAGGUAAACAAAUGUCUUUGUGCAAUGUCGAAAUUCCUAAUGAGGUUCCAGGAGAUGUAUCAGUUGAAUCUCUAGAGGAAAAAGAUAAAAAAUCUGGAGCUCUAGAUGCUGGCAAUGUUGGAAAUCUUCCACAGCAUUUACUGGAUGACCAUCCAAACUACCCUACUGACAGCGUGAUUCAGUCUGGGGAUGGUAAAGAUCAAUUCAAGAAGUCUGCUGAAGCUUUGAAGUUUGAAACAAAUCAUAAAAAUUGUGCACAAGAUGCUAUUUUGGAAAACAAGGAACACAGGAGAUGUCGAAAUAUAUCUGAAAUUAGAUUGACCACAGCAUAUCAAAGUGAUGUUCUAUGUUCUUAUACUGAUGAUAUGAGUGAACAAGAUAUUGGCUCAUGCCAGGCUGAAUUAAAUUCAAAAGAGGUCCAAGAAUUGCUUGAAACCGAGGGAAGCUUAGAAAAGUCCUCAUCUCUUGGGUCUUUCUUACAUCAUGUGGAGAAAAAAAGCUCCAAGUUUAAAAGGGUUUGCGGUAAGCGUGAUGGUUCUGAAAGUAGAAAGAAGAAAUCAACUAAAUGCCAAAUCCAAGAUGGUGACCUGCUGGUUUCUGCAAUUAUAAGAAACAAAGACCUAAGCUUGGGUGCUACCAGAUAUGGACUGAAGGCCCCAAGAAUUAGAGCUCAGACCAAGCUCAAGAGAAAGAGGGGCCAUCUGAGGUUGCUGCCUCGAGGAAAGGUUAAAGGAGGGAAGCAUAUUACUGAAAUGAAUUUGUAUAAUGUUGGAUCUAAAACAGUGCUCUCAUGGUUGAUCCUAGCUGGGGUCAUUUCACUUAAUGAAGUUAUUCAAUAUCGGAACCCUAAGGAUGAUGUUAUCAUUAAAGAUGGUUUUGUUUCCUGGGAUGGAAUAACCUGCAAUUGUUGCAACAAUGUGCUAUCAGUUUCUGAGUUUAAGAUUCAUGCUGGAUUCAAGUUCAACCGUCCCUGCUUGAAUCUUUACAUGGAAUCUGGUAAGCCUUUCACUUUAUGUCAGCUACAAGCAUGGUCUGCUGAGUUCAAGACCAAAAAAUAUGGGAUCCAGAAGGUGGAAGCUGAUGAAAAUGAUCGGAAUGAUGAUUCCUGCGGUGUAUGUGGAGAUGGUGGUGAACUAAUUUGUUGUGACAAUUGCCCUUCUACUUUUCAUCUAGCCUGCUUGUCUGUGCAGGAAUUACCUAAGGGUGAUUGGUAUUGCUCAAAUUGCACUUGUUGGAUAUGUGGGGAUUUUGUUACUGAUGAAGAGGCUUCAAGUUUGUUUGGUGCAUUUAAAUGUUCCCAGUGUGAACACAAAUAUCAUAAAGAAUGCUUGAAUGAUGAAAGCCGGUCUAAAGCAAAGGUUUCUAAUACUUGGCUUUGUGGGGAAAGCUGUGAGGAGCUAUACUCAGGUCUUACAUCUCGUCUUGGGAUGAUUAAUCACCUCUUUGAUGGCUUUUCUUGGACACUUCUUAAAUGCAUUCACGAAGAUCAAAAAGUUUACUCCCCUCAAAGGCUUGCCCUGAAGGCAGAAUGCAACUCGAAAUUGGCUGUCGCUUUGUCUAUCAUGGAAGAAUGCUUUCAAUCCAUGGUUGAUCCAAGAACGGGGGUAGAUAUGAUACCCCAACUCUUGUACAGUUGGGGGUCGGAUUUCGCACGGCUUAAUUUUUUUGGAUUUUAUACUCUUGUCUUGGAGAAGGAUGACAUGUUGAUAUCUGUAGCAUGCAUCAGGAUUCAUGGGGUAACAUUAGCAGAGAUGCCUCUUACAGCAACUUGUGCUAACUACCGUCGGCAAGGAAUGUGUCGACUCCUCAUGAAUGUCAUUGAAGAGUUGCUUAUCUCAUUCAAGGUUGAAAAGCUGGUCAUAACUGCUGUUCCGAAUUUAGUGGAAACAUGGACCAAUUCUUUUGGCUUCACGGUGGUGGAGGAGGAUGAAAGAAAAAUGCUAGCAAAGAUCAACUUGAUGGUGUUUCCUGGAACCAUAUUGCUUAAGAAGCCCUUGUAUCAAGAAUCAACUGAUGUAGUCAUUCACCCUGUAGGAGAUCUAUCCGUUCAUGAAGCCAAUGCCAAAACAGAAACUGAAAUUGUCAGAGACAAGAAUCUGCAAGAAUCGGGAAUUGAUGGUAUGAGGAAAAUCAAAAUCACUUAUGCUGAUGGAGAGGAUCCUUGUGAAAAAACAGCCUUGAGUGUUACAGAAACUACUAGAUUACGUAUCCAUGCAAUGGUAGAGCCGGUCGAUACCCAUAAUCAUUGCUCGACCGAGCUGGAAGACAGGUUUAGAGUUGGGACAUGUCAAGAAACUCAAUUGGACCGCUCUUACGGCGACAAUGAAGCUGGUACCAAACUGAAAGCGGAGUCUGAGCAGCAGUGAGUAGAAAACAGGCAAGUAGAAA